AUGAUAGUGGAAAUUAAUAGUGUUGAUAAAGUUGAGCAAAGUGACUACUCUAAUCAGGGUAAUGACCAACAAAGUCGAUUAAAUUCCUCUGUUGAUCUUAUAGAGGAUAACAACGAAGAAUUAAAUGCAAUUCGAGAUAAAGAGUUUCAUGAUGAACCAGAAAUUGUGAUAUUAGGUAAUAAUGAAUACCACAUUAAUAAUAAUAGUGUUAAUAGGGAAAGUGAUAUUAAUAAUAUGAUUGACAAUAAUGACGAAGACGAAGAUAUUUCUAUCAUAGCUACCAGGGAACAACCUGUACAAGAACCUAUUGUCGUUGAUCUAGAUAAUGAACCGGAAAUAAUAGAUAUCUCAAACCAUGACAACAGUAGUAAUGACCUUGAUGAUGAUCUAACAAUUAUUGAAGAAAGAAAUGUGCCUAAUAUUUAUGUUAAUGAAGAUUCGAACUUACAAACUACACAAUUACAUUUACCUGGUGGUAAUUCGAUUCAAAUAAACAUUAGUGAUUAUGAAAGACCUAACAGAACCUCGUUUCUAAAUGGAGAGACUCGUAGAGAUGGGUUUUCUAACAGCAAUUCUAGAAGGAAUAUAUUUUCUACUAGUGACAGAAUACGAUUAAUAAGAGAUUUGGAAAAUAUCUAUAGUCGGAGUGGCCCGAAUUCUAUACCACCUGACAUUAGAUCGUAUAUCAUGGAACGACUAUCUAAUGGCAACAAUGGAAAUAAUAGAGAACAUAGUAGGAGAAGGCAACGAAACAAUUCUUCAAGAAAUACUAGUAGAGGUAGCCAUUCCCGUAGAUUACGCCGUCGCUUAAAUGACAGAUAUGGAUACGAAAACCCUUGGGUUUAUGACAACAAUUAUGAGUACGAAUAUGAAAAUUAUGAGGAUGAAGACGAUUAUGAUUUCAAUUUUGGAUUUGGGUUUGGUUUUGAUGGGACCACAAAUCAAAGGAAUUAUUAUGAGGAAGAUGAUGAAAGAAGAACUCAAAGUAUUAUAAAUUUCAUUGAACAACGUGAAAAUAGGGAGAGGGAUAUUAAAAUACAAAAACUGAAGGAGAAGUCUGAACCAAUAAAACAAAAAUUUAUAGACUCAGCAAACGAUAUGGAAAAAUCAAGUGAGUUUACAUCGAAUUUUACUACUUUCAUUCCUACUAAAGAAACAAAAGAUAAUAAUAAUAAUAAUAGCAACAGUAACAAAUAUGAUUUGAUAGUACCAUCAUGUGUUCUCUGCGGUGUAGAGUUGGGUGUAGGUAUCCCUGACGACUAUGAUGGUAUUGCUGAAAAGGACAAAUCAUUAACUUUUGAAGAUCUUGUUACCAAAUAUGGCUACCACUGUCCAUACCAGAGUCUUUACAGGCCCACACAACUUGAUAAAGAUCUAUCAAAAAGAACUUUUAUAUCUAAAAAUUGUGGUCACUUGUUUUGUGGCCGUUGUUUUGCAAGGAUUGAUAAUGCCAAGGGAAAAAGUAAACUAUCUAAAAAAAAAUUAUCUGAGUUGAAAGGUCCCUCAAACCCAAAUAAUUAUGGACCAAGAGUGUGUCCUGCUAAAAAUUGUACUACAAUAAUUAGAGCAAGAAGUCGAUUAAAAGAAGUGUAUUUUUAA